CGCGCAGCGGGAUAGGUCUGCUUGCGUCGCUCGGUGCUUUACUUUUGGUGACAAGAGGCGUCGCAGGCUCUGCUUUAAUCUCCAACGAAACGGAAUCUGAUGAAGACGGAAAUGCCAAUCACGCGUUGCACAAAAAGAGACACGAUCGCCAACAUAUUACCAACGUGGAUGGCUCGUCACUGCAGAUGGCAGAGGAAGAGAUUUUGGUUGGAGAGAUAAUCGACGCUCUUGACAGACUCUUUGACUUCUUCAACAGAAAUCUUGAACACCUGAUUGCUGAUGGCUUCGUUGGAAUCGCCAUUGCACAAGGCCAACUGAAGGAGGCGAUUCCGCAAACGCCGACCCAUUUGAUGCCGCUGGUCGACCAGCUCAUCCUUAAGAGUGGCCAAAUCCUCGACGGAUUUGAUCCAGACGUGCACGGCGUUCCUGAAAUCGGCCGCGGGAUGAGAGUUUUACUGCAGCCCGAGAUGUGGAUGAGCAAGUCGAAAGUGCACCCGCUCGCGGAUAAAGACCUUAAUCCACUUAGUGGCGCGCCCGGACAGUCAGCAGACGAGUGUCUGGGACAACUGCUGGCCAGCCGAGCUCCUUGUCGAAUUAGCAGCGGGUGCUGGCAGAUGCAGGCGCUAAGCCCUAGCGAGAACUUUUCCUACAGCACCACCCACCACCUCUUUUACUACCACAUCGCCAAAAAGCUAAGGUGCCAAGUAGCAGGCCGCGACAUGGACUCGCUGAUUGCUGCCGCAUGUAAAAAAAUCCUGGCUGAGACGCAAGGAAUCGCCGACGCCCACUUUCCAGAGGCCCGCAGGGACCUUUUCCUUGAGCAGAUCGCCCUCUGCGGGGUUGCGCAGCCCAUGGGCGGAGACUUUACACACUCCGAGUGGCUCCGGGAGGUUCUCAAGUGGCAAAAACCGCUUUCAGGAUGUUACGGUCUGAAUAGCUCGCGGGUGAAGCGGAACGAAAAGCUGAUGCCCAGUGGGUGCCUCGUCCACUUCUCAUCUGUAGCCGCCGCCGCUCUGGCCACAGGGCUGAAGUCGCUAAUUAUCACUUUUUAAAUCCUGG